AUGUCAACGGGCAACUUGCGCCAGACUGUACAUUCAAACAUAGUCACAGCCGCUGGGUUGUGUCUGUUGGCUGUAUUUGUGGCACUACUACUGAAGAUUGCGUUUAUUGUUCAGCGGAAACUCAGAGUGUUGAGGGCACUGAAGAAGGACUUCCCUGUGCCGCCAGGGGCACACUGGCUCCUGGGACACCUGGUCUUUCUCGCCAACGGCGAACGGGAAUUCUUCAGGUUUGAAAAAGAAUGGGCAAUUCUAUACCCGCACGCCCACAUCUUCAAGCAUGGUCCGCUGGAUUGUAUACUGUCAGUUAAUCACCCGGACUACAUCAAGACGGUACUACAGCGGCCAGACAAGAAAGAUGAAAGACUCUACGGCCUACUGCGACCCUGGCUCGGGGACGGUCUUCUGACCACCAGCGGUGCAAAGUGGUUCCGGAACCGCCGACUCCUCACGCCGGGGUUCCACUUCGAGGUGCUGAGACCGUACGUCAAGCUGUUUUCGGACAGUACAAAUGUCAUGCUGGAAAACUGGGAAGAGUUCGGGGCUGGUGCCUCUAUAGAUGUGUUCCAACACGUCAGCCUGAUGACUCUGGACAGCAUGCUGAAAUGUGCUCUCAGUCAGAACACUGGCUGUCAGAAAAGGAAGAAGUUCAACAGCUACAUCUCCGCAAUUAAUGAGAUUUCCGAGCUUUUUAUGGCAAGAGCCCUGAGUAUAAUGGCUAUUGUGAGUGACUUCGUGUACAACAACUCAUCUGCCGGCAAAAGGUAUAAGAAGGCAUGCAACGAAGUUCAUCAAUUUUCGGAAAAGAUCAUUCAGCAACGGAAACAAGAUCUUGACAAUCUGUCCACCACUGAGACAACACGGCGACAGAAAUAUUUGGACUUUCUCGACAUCUUACUGAUGGCAAAGGAUGAAGACGGUAACGGCCUGACUAAUACUGAGAUCCGUGACGAGGUGGACACCUUCAUGUUUGAGGGACACGACACCACAGCCAGCGGGCUGGCCUGGACCCUGUACUGUCUGGCUCGUCAUCCGGGACAUCAGGAGAAGUGCAGGAAGGAGGCACAGGAAGUGCUGCAGGGGAGAACGGAUGUGACGUGGGAAGACCUACCGUCCAUGAAGUACAUCACGAUGUGUAUAAAGGAAAGCCUCCGGAUCUAUCCGCCGGUUCCGAAGAUAUUGCGGGAGUUAGAGGAACCCUUAACCUUCCCCGAUGGGAAAACCGUGCAGAAAGGAACGACGGUUUUUAUCGGUUUGCAGCUGAUGCAUCUCAAUCCUAACGUUUGGGAAAGACCCGAGGAGUACGACCCUCUUCGUUUCUCACCGAAGAAUUCGUCAAGUCGCCAUCCAUACGCAUUCCUACCCUUUUCGGCAGGACAGCGGAACUGUAUAGGACAGCACUUCGCCAUGAACGAGUUGAAGACAGCUGUAGCGCUGAUCCUGCAGCGGUUCCGCCUGACUCCUGACGACAGCCUGCAGGAACCUGUACCUGUUCACAAGAUUGUCCUGCGGGCUGAUAGUCCGGGUCUGUUCCUGAAGAUCAACCCGUUAUAAAUACCGAAACCUGUACCUGUUCACAAGAUAGUCCUGCGGGUUGAUAGUCCGGGUCUGUUCCUGAAGAUCAACCCGUUAUAAAUACCGAAACCUGUACCUGUUCACAAGAUAGUCCUGCGGGUUGAUAGUCCGGGUCUGUUCCUGAAGAUCAACCCGUUAUAAAUACCGAAACCUGUACCUGUUCACAAGAUAGUCCUGCGGGUUGAUAGUCCGGGUCUGUUCCUGAAGAUCAACCCGUUAUAAAUACCGAAACCUGUACCUGUUCACAAGAUUGUCCUGCGGGCUGAUAGUCCGGGCCUGUUCCUGAAGAUCAACCCGUUAUAAAUACCGAAACCUGUACCUGUUCACAAGAUUGUCCUGCGGGCUGAUAGUCCGGGUCUGUUCCUCAAGAUCAACCCGUUAUAAAUACCGGAACCUGUACCUGUUCACAAGAUAGUCCUCCGGGCUGAUAGUCCGGGU